UUUACUCUAUGCCCAGGGCGGUCAAGGAAAUUUCAUUACAAAAAGAUCCUGGACCGAUCGGGAAUCAAGAACUUGACUUGACUUUGUGAAGGACGACCUAGUCCAUCAGAGAAAAUUGAUUGAAACCCUUAAAACUCCUUUGUAAUUAUUUUAAAAUCUGCACAACACGCAACCUUACGGAAUAAACCCAAAAUUCAUCGUUCGUUACCCGUUAAAUGAUUGGAAAUUAGACUGAUCGUUAUCACAUGCUUCUUGAAUCUGGCCCCCUAUUACCGCAGCGUUUUCAUGCUCUAUCGCCGAGGAAAAGUGGAUGGACAUCGUGGUCAAAUGCAUUCAGUCUAGUGAAGCGUAACCACCUCACAUGCAAGAAGCCAUAAUUAAAUUGAUAGAAAUCCAAAAUUGAGGGACGGGCGUUAACUCUACAGAAUUAUCAUGAUAAAAAAUGUGAGAGGUUUAGCAGGACCUUGAUUGAUCGGCCCAAUACAGAGUUUGAUCGAAACUAAAAUCGACAAGGGAAAAAAACGAUUCCGAACCGAAAAGGUCGAAUAGGUGAUAUUGUUUACAUUCUUACUAUAAAUAAUCAGAACCUCGGAGGUAACGGUAUCAGUUCGGUGAGUUCAAUUCUUGGUAGAACAUCGGAAACGAUUUCAACAGCAGCAACAUGAUCAAGAUCACUGUGGUAGCGCUUGCUCUGCUGGGUGCAGUUCUGGCUUACGAGCAUCACGGCUUCGUCAGCGAGGUGAAACACAUCCCGUACAAGUAUUACGGCGGCGGUGGUUUGGAAAUGGGCGGCGGUGGACUUGAAGGAGGAGAGGAAUACUACUCGUACCCGAAGUACAAGUUCGCAUACGGAGUGAAGGACUUCCACACCGGAGAUCACAAGAGCCAAUGGGAGAUGCGUGAUGGAGAUGUCGUCAAGGGAGAGUACACCUUAGAUGAGGCUGACGGAACCAAGCGGAUCGUCGAAUACUACGCCGAUGAUAAGAAUGGAUUCGAAGCUAAGGUCAAGAACAUCGGAGAACCCAUCCACGAAGGAGGACUGGGAGGUGGUUUCGAAGGAGGCUACCACGGAAUGGGAUACAGCUACAGCAAACUGAAGAAGUACAACUAGGCUCGGAUGGAUAAGACUGAUGGAGAUGUGACUGGAAAUCGUUGUUGAAUAAAUGAGCAAUGCAAAUCAUUAAUGAA